UUAUCUGAAAUGCAUCGAAAUGAUUACCAAUUAACAUUAGAGGAACUUAAAGAAAUUAAUCGCAACUUUGAUACAUUUGAUGUGGACAAAAAGAAAGAAAUUAAAAACAAAGAUUUAAAAUUUUUGCUAAGAGCUCUAAGAUUUGAACCAAAAACUGAAGAAAUUAAAAAUAUUAUAUCUAAACAUGACAAAAAUAAAUCAGGCUAUAUUAAAUAUGAUGAAUUUGUUAAAUUAAUGGCUAAGAAGUUUGGUGAAAAUGAUACAAACUCUGAAAUGACUAAUGCAUUUAAAUUAUUUGACACUCAAAAUAAAGGUUCCAUAAUAUUACAAGAUCUAAAAAGGAUAGCUAAGGAAUUAUGCAUAAAUGAUAUUGAUGAAAAGGAUUUAGAAGACAUGAUAACAGAGGCUGACAAAAAUAAUGAUGGAAAAGUUGACGAGGAAGAAUUUUUAAAGAUCAUGAAAAAAACAGGAUUAUAUUAAAGCAAAAUAAUUUUUUCUCUAAAAUUUUUCAUAAUCAUAACAUCAACUAGGAGAAAAAUCAUGAUACCCCCCCCCCCACCCUUACACAUUAUAAAAUGCAAUCUAAAUACAUUAUUUCACUUGUAUAAUUUAUUUAUUUUAUAAAAAAAACACAGUCAAUAAAAAUGAAUAUUAUUUUGUACAUAUAUUAAAACAUUCAAAAGCUUUUAUUCUAGGUAUAAAUAUAUUUAAAAAUAUUCUUAUAACAUAUAUUAAUCGAGCAUUUAAUUUAUGGCUAAUGUAUAUAUAUCAUUAUAUGAUUAAUGAUAGUGAAGUGAUAAAUAUUUUAACUAUCGAAAAAUUAUUUACAAAUUUUAUAAAUAUUUAACUAUCCAUAAAAUUCCCUAUAUAAUUUAAUAUAUUACACAUAUUUUGUUUUAAUAAAAAGAAUUAUUA